CAGCAGCGAGUGAGUCCGCGCCGGGUGUGAGUCGAGCAGCGGCAGCGCCGGAGAGGAGGUGAACUGAUGUCUUUCAUGGAAAACUCAUUCACAGAUUGCAUUGGGCUGGAAGAGACCCUCAGAAGUCAUCUGGUCCAACCCCCCUGCAGGCAGCAGGGACACCUCCACCGAGGAAGCUGCUGCCUGCUUAGAGCUUAAGAGAGAGCCUGAGAGAGCUGCUUGGCCCCCGUGGAACAGGAACUGUUUUGCUCCAACCUGUGGACACUCCUCCUUGUGCCAUGUUUUGUGGCUCUCAGCGCAAGAGGAAUUUGUCUUGAUGAAGAUUCCUAACAUUGGUAAUGUGAUGAAUAAAUUUGAGAUCCUUGGGGUUGUAGGUGAAGGAGCCUAUGGCGUUGUACUUAAAUGCAGACACAAGGAGACCCAUGAGAUCGUGGCCAUCAAGAAGUUCAAGGACAGCGAAGAAAAUGAAGAAGUCAAAGAAACCACUCUACGAGAGCUCAAAAUGCUUCGCACUUUGAAGCAGGAGAACAUAGUGGAGCUGAAGGAAGCCUUCAGAAGAAGAGGGAAGUUAUACUUAGUGUUUGAAUAUGUGGAAAAAAACAUGCUUGAACUGCUAGAAGAAAUGCCAAAUGGAGUUCCACCAGAAAAAGUGAAGAGCUACAUCUACCAGCUCAUUAAAGCAAUCCACUGGUGCCAUAAGAAUGACAUCGUUCACAGAGAUAUCAAGCCAGAGAAUCUUUUAAUAAGCCACAAUGAUGUUCUGAAGCUGUGUGACUUUGGCUUUGCUCGGAAUCUGUCUGAAGGAAGCAAUGCCAACUACACAGAGUAUGUGGCCACCAGAUGGUACCGCUCACCUGAGCUCCUCCUUGGGGCCCCGUACGGCAAGGCAGUGGAUAUGUGGUCUGUGGGCUGCAUCCUGGGCGAGCUGAGCGAUGGGCAGCCUCUGUUCCCCGGCGAGAGCGAGAUCGACCAACUCUUCACCAUCCAGAAGGUGCUGGGCCCGCUGCCAGCAGAGCAGAUGAAGCUCUUCUACAGCAACCCACGCUUCCAUGGCCUGCGGUUUCCAGCAGUCAAUCACCCACAGUCUUUAGAGAGAAGAUACUUGGGAAUUUUAAGUGGUGUCUUGCUUGAUCUCAUGAAGAACUUACUGAAGUUAGAUCCAGCAGAUAGAUACUUGACAGAGCAGUGUCUGAACCAUCCUUCCUUUCAAACCCAAAGACUCCUGGAUCGCUGUGGGAGCUCACCUUCGCGGUCGGCGAAGAGAAAACCUUACCACGUAGACAGCAACACAUUGUCUAACAGAAACCAGGCCAGCAAAAGCUCUGCUUUGCAGUCACACCACAGAUCCAACAGCAAGGACAUGCAGACACUAGGGGUUGCUGGGCCAAGAGAAGAAACUCUUCCAGCCAACGAGAGCUUUCUGAACGGGAACCUGCCCGGAGCUGCUCCCAGCCCCAGCCCCAUGCACGCCAAGAAGCCCAGCGCCGCGCCCGGCUCUGGCAACAAGGACCUGGCCAACAACAACCUGCCGCACCUGCUCAGCCCCAAGGAGCCCAAGGCCAAGGCGGAGUUCGACUUCAGCGUGGAGCCCAAGAGCUCGGAGGGCUCCGGCGCCAAGUACCUGAAGCCCGGCGGCAGGCCCGCGCAGAGCCGGCACUCGCUGCUGGAGGCGCCGCCGGGCCAGACGGGCACGCUGCAGCCCGGCGACAAGCACGGCCGCCACAGCUACAUCGACACCAUCCCGCAGGCCUCCCGCAGCCCCUCCUACCGCGCCAAGGCCAAGGGCCACGGCGUGCUGACGGACUCCAAAUCCGUGGGCAACCUCUCCGAGGCCCGGGCCCAAGCCCCCGAGCCCAGCAGCAGCAGCAGCAGCAGGUAUUUUCCCUCCAGCUGCAUGGACCUGAACUCUCCUACCAGCCCCACCCCUCCUCGGCACGGCGACAACAGGACUCUGCUCAGCCCCUCCGGGAGGAGCGCCCGCGGCGAGGGCACCCUGGAGGCCCGCAGGCCAGGCGCCAGGCACUCCAAAACCAUGGAGGAGCUGAAGCUGCCGGAUCCCCUGGAUGGAAGCCAUUCCCACGGCCUGUCUGCUCCACACGAGUCUUUUUCCUAUGGCCUAGGUUAUACCAGUCCCUUUUCUUCACAGCAGCGCCCUCAUAGACACUCUAUGUAUGUGAGCCGGGACAGAGUGAGGUCAAAGGGCUCAGAGGGUGGCUUAAGCGUAGGGCAAGGGAUGGCAGCCAGAGCAAACAGCCUGCAACUGUUAUCUCCACAGGUGCAGCAUAAGUCACUCACGCGCUCUGUGGGCUCGUCACGAGAGGACUGUACGGAAGAUCCAAACAGGGGUGGAGCAUAUCAUGAUCCACACUCAGAAGAUGGAGCAUCUACUAAGGAAAAUAGAAUACUGUAUAAUGACCCUGUUCCAAGAAGAGUUGGCAGCUUUUACAGAGUUCCAUCUCCGCGCCCAGACAGCACCUACCUAGAAAACAAUGUGGCCAGCAGAGCUUCUGUGCUUCCAGCAGACAGCAGCACUGUGGCAAACCACUCCAAGAGACAAACCACCUUUGAUACCUGGAAGAGUCCUGAAAACCUUAGCAGUCACUCAGAGCAGCUCAAGGAGAAGGAGAAGCAAGGGUUUUUCAGGGCAAUCAAAAAGAAAAAGAAGAAAUCUCAAACUACAGACUCAACCAGCGGGGAGAAUCCGAGCAUCAAGAAAUCCCUCUUCCCUCUUUUUCACUCAAAGAAUAGCUUAAAGCAUAGUUCUUCUUUGAAAAAGCUUCCUGUAGUCACUCUACCCAUGAUGCCCAGCACGGACGGGCAGGACCUCUUGGCGUUACAGAAAGCCAUUCACACCAACCACCAGAGCAGCAGGCAGAAGGACUGGCAUCCUGAGAAGAUGACAGAAAUCCAGCCUCCUAGCCAGCCAUUAAAAUCUCUCCGCAAGCUCUUGCACCUGUCCUCUUCCAACCACCCUGUGCCCGCAGAGCCUCGCUUCCAGCCGCUGCCAGCCCAGCCAGCCAAAGCUGCUUUCCCCGAAGUGCGAAUCCACCCCCUGGGGCAGGGCUCCGGCGGCGCCGGCGGCAGCAAUGUGAGGCAGGAGCCUCAAGCCAAGAGCAGGCCAACGCUGCAGAUACCAAGCCAGCUGGAGCCCACCUGGCACGUCCCUGCCGUCAACAGGAGUGCCAGCGAUGGGUCCCCCUACUCGGAGCAGCUGCCCUCCAAGAGCGGGCAGAACGGGCACUCCUACAGCCGGACCAACCGCCCGCGCAUGCCCAACCUCAACGACCUGAAGGAGACAGCCUUGUAAUGGGCACCGCGGGCACGAGCCAGGCCGGGGUGGGUGGAGGUCAGCCUGGGGGGGUGCUGGUGGUGGUGGUGGCGAGGGUGAGCCUGCGUCUUCAGCUGUACAGAGGUGUGCAAUAUCUGCGCGUGGAGCUACGCCCUCGGGCGCCACGGCGAGAGUCAGGGAUUAGACAAAACCAAGUGGGGUGAGGAAUUCAGCAGGUGUGGGGAAGGUCACUGGGUGCCAGGCAGAGCGUGCCAGGCAGGCAGCAAAAUGCCUUUGCCCUUUUCUCUCACUUACAUUCCAGCUCAGUGCACGCCUCUGGCUGAAAGCUGGGAGGCUUCUGGUGUGUCUUGGCACUUGGGAGGGUGGAAACGUUUCGCGUCUAGACCUGUGCCCUUACUUCCUUGUUUUUUUCCUUGCUGCCUACUUCAAACCAGUUUAUGUGAUGAAAUAAAAACCACCAAGCAGGUGUAUCCUACCUUC